AUGCUGGCGCCGGUGCCGCAGGAGACAUUCCUGUUCGCGGUGAGCAUCCACGAGAACAUCGCGAACCACGGGCGCGACAGAGAUAGAGGUGGUGGAGGCGGCCACGCACCUGGGCGCUGGCGGAGGCAUAUCGGAUGCGAGUGGGCGAGCACAACUGCAGCUGAAAAUGUAUACCCGGCUCUCUUCAGUCACUGCAAACUUCAGUCGGCCUCCGUCAAAGAAAUCAUUGAUGUUGGCAUUCAGAACACUAUGGUUCCUCGGCUAACAACAGCUGCUCAACAAGAACUGCGGGAUGCCCAGGACGCGAUAAUCAGCCUGCACCUAUCAGACCAAAGUGAUGUCAGGAAAUCGGUGUUCGAAAGACAAGAAUGCAGCCUGGACAGCGGUGCCAUUUACAAGAUGAUCAAGGCAAAAACCCAACCCUCUAGCCCCAAGGCCAAAGUCAUCUGGGAAUCAUACGCUCCUCCACGCGUCCAACUCUUCAUGUGGCUGUUAACUAGGGGCAGGAUCCAAUGCAGAACGGUUCUCUUCUCCAAAACCGUGGUUGACGACCCGACUUGUGAAAUUUGUCGGGCUUCUGAAGAAUCUGCAGACCACAUGGUUUGUGGGUGCAACCUCGCUGGUCAGCUGUGGCAGAGGCUGCAGAUUCAAGUAAACCCCGGGGACCUGGACAUCAUUCAUUCAUGGUCUCCACCACCAACCAUCCCGCGAGAGGCAUUCUCCUCCUUCCUGGCAAUUUGCUGCUGGCAACUAUGGAAAGCAAGAAACGCUUUCAUCUUCAGAACGGAUACUACCAGCGUUCAAGCACUACUCCUACAGUGCAAAAACGCCGCCAACCAGUGGGCCUUCAGACUUCCGGCAUCCAAGAGGCAUAUCGCACAGGCUUGGGCACUCGCCUUCCAGCGGGCGAGGCAGGGUGAAGGUUAA